UGUUUUUCGUUUUGUUUACAAUCGAACAUAAAAAUGACCAUUAAAUUAUUUUUGCCCGAAAAUUUAUUUUAUAUUAAAAAAAGUUGUGAUAUUUAUGGUGAAAUAAAAAUUGGUGAACAGAAUUGCAUCUCUUAUUACAUUAUAUGUGCAGUGGACAUUAAAAAACCCUCGAAAAACGAUGAGGACAUUGAAGAUUAUGAAAGAGCACAACAAAUUUCCAAUGAAAUGCGGCAUUUAGGUCAUAUUGCCAAUGCCACCGAAUGGUCUCAAUUGCAUCACAAAGAUGUGGCUUUAGUUUUUGUUUAUGAUGCUGAAACACCAAAUAUUUAUCUAAAUAAAUUAAGUAUUAAAACGGCACAAAAAGAUAAAAUCAAUGUCUUCCUUUAUAGUGAAAAAUCCAUAUUAAAGUUACAAGACUUAAAUGAAAGUGUUAGUAAUGUGGUAUAUGAUAAGGAGGAUAAUGCCAAAGUUGAUGCAGAUGUUUGUCCUGACGAUGAUAUGCACAUGUUGUAUCAAUUGCUGCAAACAAAAGAUAAAUUUAAACUUGAGUGUGAUGUGGAUGAAGUCGAUGAAACUUUUAAACGUGUGACAAGUUAUGUUUUAACUUUACCCUUUGAUAUUUUUAUGUGGACAUUUGGCUUGUUUAUGACUAAGGCUCCAUUUAGAUUUGUGUUCCAGUACUCCGUUAUGUAUGAUUAUUAUAAGGAAUGGUUAAAAUUUAAGAAAUCUGGAAAACGAAAAUAUAACAUUGCCCUCGAUAUCCUACUGGGCCUAUGCGUCAAUAUAUUAUUGAUAUUAUAUAUAGAAAAUCCUGGUGACUAUAUAAUAACAGCUUCUAAUUCAGUAGUAACCAACUUCCGUUUACUGUUACAAUCGUUGCAAGGAUCUCCUGUAGGUUUAAAAUUAAAUGUACAAUUAAAUAAAUUUUUAUUGGAUUGUUUUGGUUAUCAUGUCGAAUUAUGGGCUACAUUUUUAGUUAUAAUAGAACCUUGCAUUAGGCAACUACUUACACCUAUAAUACUGUUGGGUUUUAUAGGCUUUUCGUAUCAGUUGGCGCUUUUAACAGAUUUAAUAUCGGUUAUGGGUUUGCAUGCUCAUUGUUUUAGUAUUUAUGCUGCAGUAUUAUAUAAAGUAGAGAUUAAGGGCUUGCAGGUGUUGUGGAAAGUAGUUUUGGGCAAGCGUAAAAAUGUUUUGAAAAAUCGUGUAGAGUCCCAUAAUUAUAAAAAUAGACAAUUGUAUUUGGCAACGGUAUUUUUUACCUCCUUGCUCUUCCUUUUUCCUACAGUAUUAACUUAUUACGUUGUAUUUACAUCGUUACGUUUGUGCAUUAUUUUAGUUAAUUAUUUACUGAAACAUAUACGUCGUAAUAUUUUGGAAUUUCCUAUGGAAAUGUUAUUACGCUGGUGUAUGGGAAAUUUCUACGAUACAGAUUCUUUACAAUUAGAGUUUGUACAUCAUACACCAUCGCCUUUAUUACAAUCGGGUGCGCAAAUACAAAUGUGUGUUUUCAAAUUAUGUGUUCACUCAUCAUCGUUAGGUCGGGUAUUUUCAUGUCAUAGUGGAAUCCUGCAAGAGUUAGUAGCCAAAGAAGAAAACUCAAUUAAAAGUGUAUGCCAAAGAAUAUUACAAGGAACUUUUUAAGAAAAUAGAGAAAAGCUGAAAAUA